CUUGAGACCGUUCACUUUUGGCCCCUGAGAACUAUCGACUUCGUUGGCAACGACUCUCACCACAGUUUUCCUUCAUUUGCCCCCAUUAGCUCCCAAGGUCUUCGCUAGUUCGUUAGUUCGUCCUCAUAUUUUAAUUCACCAAAAUGGCGACGUCAAUGCACCUGUCAAAACUCCGGAAAUGGUUCCUUGCAUCCCCGCCCAUCGAGAUGGCUAUAUCGAAACUCCGAGACCUGUUGAUUGGAGCAAUUAAGCAGGGGCCAGUUCCACAGCAUAUCGCGUUCGUGAUGGAUGGAAACCGAAGGUUUGCAAGGACACACGGAAUUGAGACAGUGGAGGGACACAAUCUGGGGUUUGAGGCGCUGGCAAGGAUUCUUGAGGUCUGCUACAGAAGUGGAGUCAAAGUUGUCACAAUCUACGCCUUCAGUAUCGAAAAUUUCAAACGUUCCAAGUUCGAGGUGGAUGCUCUGAUGGAAAUGGCUAGGGUGAAGUUGUCACAGAUGGCACAGCAUGGAGAGAUCCUUGACCGAUAUGGCGCAAAGGUCCGGGUGUUGGGUCGGUUGGACUUGCUCAGACCUGACGUUCUCAAAGCGGUGAAUCGGGCGAUGGAAAUGACAAGUUCCAACGGCGACCGGGUCCUCAACAUCUGUUUCCCGUAUACAUCGCGCGACGAAAUCACCAGUGCUAUCCGUGACACCGUUGCAGACUACAGCCAACCACUAAGACCACGCUCCUCAUCCCUACGAACGCCGUUUUCUGAGAGCCAUAUUGCGCUUAAUAUCCAAGCACGGAACCAAAUUACAAAAACCGAGGAUACAGGUAGCGAUAUUGAAUCUGCUUCCGAAUCCUCAGCCCAGGGAGAAGAAGAAGCUGCGAAACACGAUCGUCCGAAUAAGGUCUAUGAGACCGGAUCUGCCUUCUCAUCGUCUACCACCCUCGAUCUCGCUGGCCACCAGGACAGUGCGAAUUCAAAGAAGGCAAUUCAGGGAGCUAGCGCCGAGUCGGAAAACCCAGCAUUCUUGUCACCAGAGACCAUCACACGGCAAACCUUAUCAGACCAUUUACACACGAAAGACAACCCACCCCUGGACUUGCUGAUCCGCACCUCUGGAGUGGAGCGCCUUAGCGACUUUAUGCUCUGGCAAUGUGAUGAGGACACGGAUCUUGUCUUUCUUGACGUCCUCUGGCCUGAAUUCGAUCUGUGGCACUUCCUGCCAGUCCUGCUGGGGUGGCAGAGAAGGGUUUCGAAGUCGAGGAAGAAUCCGGAUGCGGAAGGCGAUUUCGAUGGCGAUGCUGUCGGAUCAUCUGAAAACGGUUUGAGCGACCGAGUCUUAAGUCCAAGUGCAAAGGUCAAGGGCUUGUAAAGCACCAACUAUACCACCCCUGGCCUGAGGAAUCCAGGCCCAACAAGCAUUGGAACAUACGGAGUUUGGAGUUCGCUCCUUUGGUACUGAUCGUUAGACUGAUAUCCAUGUCUCAAGUUUUUGUCAUUCAUUACCCACCGCUGCAUUUUCUUUUGGGGAAGCGCAUACAUCCAUAUAUAAUAAACAUAGAGCC